GCGAGCGAAACGCACGGCUCCAUUGCUAAAGUUUUUCGAGCGCACGUAAAUUCUGAAAUAUAUUUAUUUGACAAGAAAUAACAGUAAAAAAGUUUGUAGGUGUUUGAAGAAAGUAUUUUAUGACUUUUUAGUAUGCGAAUUUAUAUUUAAUAGUUUAUAAAAAGUGGGUUUUUUAGAUAAGUUACGAUUUUCCAAAAGUUUGUUAACUGUAAGCAGGAAAGGAUUUUAAAGUGUGCUCUUUUGUUGUUUAUAAACUUUGCGAGUUUUAGAACUUUGUUUUUGUUUUGGUAUUUAUUAUCAUCGUGAAUUAAUUAAGACACAAAAGGCAGUAUUUAAGGAGACUGCAAAAUAAGGAUGGAUUGGCAGCAGUUUCCCCGAGCGCCCGCUACGAUGACGUAAAAUGCUGGCCCUCUUCAAUACCACCGUCCAGGAUGACGUCAUCUCCACCAUCGACCCGAAAAAUGCCACCAAUAUGAACGCCUCUCACGUCCCAGGAGUCUUAAUCCUCACGAAAACUCUCACCGGCGAUGUAUUCAACGUCAUAGACGAACCCAGAGUCAACAAAACAACCGAUCUCAUAGACUUCAUAGUCGUCCAAGUAGCCUUCUGCAUCCUCUAUGCCAUCAUCUUCAUUUUAGGCGUAUUUGGAAAUGUAUUAGUAUGCUUCGUCGUGUUCAGGAACCGAGCUAUGCAGACGGUCACCAAUCUCUUCAUAACCAACUUAGCACUGUCUGAUAUACUGCUAUGCAUUUUCGCGGUGCCUUUGACGCCGAUGUACACGUUCCUUGGACGAUGGGUUUUUGGAAGAUUACUUUGCCAUCUUAUGCCGUAUGCUCAAGGAACUAGCGUCUAUAUUUCCACGCUUACACUCACCUCAAUAGCAAUUGACAGAUUCUUUGUCAUAAUAUAUCCUUUCCAUCCGCGGAUGAAGCUAAAUACUUGUAUUUUCAUCAUAGUUUUCAUAUGGAUCUUCUCCUUAGUGGUCACGUGCCCAUAUGGUCUUUUCAUGGGUAUACAAAUAACGAAUAACAAGACUUACUGUGAAGAAAGCUGGCCCGCUGACAGAUCUAGAAAAAUCUUUGGAGUGUUUACAAGCGUGCUGCAAUUUGUCAUACCAUUUUUAGUCAUAGCCAUAUGUUAUACAUGCGUUAGUAUAAGAUUAAAUGACCGAGCCAGGUCCAAACCAGGUGCUAAAAACACCAGGAGAGAAGAAGCUGAUAGAGAUAGAAAAAAGAGAACUAACAGAAUGCUCAUUUCCAUGGUGGCCAUCUUUGGUAUUUCCUGGCUUCCUAUAAACGUAAUCAAUAUAUUCAAUGACUUUUACGCAGCGAUGACAGAGUGGAACUAUUAUUACAUGUCUUUCUUCCUCGCUCACUCAAUGGCGAUGGCUUCGACGUGCUACAAUCCAUUUCUGUACGCUUGGCUGAACGAGAACUUCAGAAAAGAGUUCAAACAAGUCUUACCUUUCUUUGAAUCUACUGGAGGAGUCAGGAACAGUUAUCAUUCAGGCCGUAUGCCUACACAUAAAUCGGAUAAAAUCUGCAACGGCAACGACACUAUUCAGGAGACUUUACUUGCUUCUUCAUUCAAUAGAGGACCGUCAUUGAAACAUCGCAUGUUGGAAGGAAAUGGUAGAAGAGACGGGGUCGAAAUAGAAAAUAUAAUAUUAGAGGAUAAACCAAUCUCUGCUUCGUACAACACGAAGAACGAAAAUGUAAAUCUACAGUUAAUAGAUGAAGAGUCGCAGCUGAGUGAAUCCAGGGAUGGAAAAUCUGUUGUACUUUAAAUGAAUUGAUCACAACGAGCAUUCAGACUCUUUUAAAUUACAUCGACUUAUGUUGUUUAAAAGUACGUAAUUUAUAAACUUCUGUAACUUAGUAUAAGUGAUACAAAACGUCAUUUAACUCUUUUGGUAUGGAAAUGUUUAUUGUGAUAUAUGAAAUUAGGUAUCAAUAAAAUUAGAAAAAUCAAUGUUAUAUUAUUGAAGAAUAGCAUUAGCAUAAAAUGAAUGAUAGAGGUAUAUAGUUGUUGUAUUAAAUACAUAAAAGUACAUUAUGUGUUGUUACAUUCUGAAUAUGUUUAGUGUAUGACUAGGUAUACGUAAUACCGGUUGGUCCGGAUCCGGUCCGAGGUCUCAGUCACUUAUUUUCUAUAGAAAGCAUCACGUGAUUACCGAUCACCCGUCAUAUAAAGUGAAAUGUCGGAAGCCUCGGCCCGGACUCAGACCGUUCUAGCAUGAAUCCUUUAUAUAUUACUUAUUUAGGUACAAGGAAAAUUACUUAUUUAGCUGUUAAAUUACUUCCUGUAUAAAAUUAAACUAAUUUUAUUAUUACUAGUCUGACUCAGAUGUUAAUCCUGAUAUUGUAAAUAUUUCCCAAAAGCAAGUAUCCAGAAGGCCUAUUUCACAAAUGAUAGCUCUUUUCAUAAAUCCUUUAGUAAAUGGCUAGCAUUAACCUAAAAUAUAUUUAGAAAAGGUUUAAUUAUGAAUGUAUUUGAUGUGUUUUAUUAGAUUGAUGUUUUUAAAUGAACGUUUGAGCCCAAAUUUCAAACUUUAAUUACCCAAUUUGUCUUAAAAGGAAUGUUCUCUUAACUGCGCCCGACAUCGGAAUAAAAUUGGAUUACUUAGUAGUUGAAAAUUAAGUUCCUAGGUAAUUAAACCUAAUGGAAUUCUUAAAUUCGUAGCUAGGCUUAAUGUAUCUGACGGCUGCGGUUUUACUUGUGAAUAACAAAUAAUUUAUUUUGCUAACAUAUAUUAUAUAACUUUCAAGAUAGCUGAUCGGUGGGAUAUUAUCCUCUACUCGUAUUAAGCUUUAUCUAUCUCUUUGUCUCAUUCUCAUAUUAACACGAUUCUCUUUUCUUUUCUUCUUUCUCUUCACUCUUUUCUUUUAUUAUUCAUCUUUUGAUCUUUAAGUUUAACCUAAUUGUAUCUUCAGAUACUUUUUCUCAGAGCUCUGUGUUUUUUAUUAGCCUUCGCACGGUCUCUAGCAUCCCGUUUAUUAACACCACUGAAGAAAUAGAAAAUAGAAUGGACAUAUUUCCAUUCGUAAAUACGAAUAAGAUAAUUUACAUAUAAGAAAAACGUAAAAAGAAUAAAGUGCCAUGAAAUUACCUCAUUUCAGCAUGUUGGUGGCGACUUUCAACGCUAACCUUCCGAUGAGACCUAAGUGAAGAAACACAGCAGGUAACAGACAAAGAGUUAAUGAACCAUGUACGGUACUGCAUCCCAUGGCCUGAUUAUUGAUGAGGAAAUGGAUAUUCCGAUGUAAUACUAUCUACUUCUUUUGUUACUUAUGCUUUUUUUUUGACAUUUAGAUUUCAUUCUAGAAAUUGUAGACUAGUAUUUUUUUAUACAAUUUGUAUAAUGUUUGACGAUCCUUUUGUGAAAUUCUUAGUGUUAAAUUUGACAUGUAUAAUGAUCCAAUGUUAUUAUGGAAUAAUAUUAACAUCAAUAAAUUGCUCUGAUAAUUAGAUUAAGAUUAAUUACGAUUCAUAAGAGCUUGUUGCUAGGCCUACACGAAUAAAGUAUAUUUUGAGUUUGAGUUUAACACAUAUACGAGUACAACUAGGUAGCUACAUGAUGCUCUGUGAUGCUACGAACUAAAUGGCAAUGACAGACCGGACAACUUGAUGCAAUGUCAUCCUUCGUAACGUCAGCAACUUCUGGGCUUUCAGGACCCAUCAGUGUUUCAAUACAAUGAGUUACAUAACCUAAUGGUAUCGGGUAUUUGAAUAUAUUUUUAGUUGCUAAAAUAUUUUAUCGCAAAAUUAAUGCGCAAAAAAAUCGCAAUAAAUGCAGUGAUGCAUUUAUUGUGAUUUUUUUUUUAUAUAAAUCUAUUUUUCAAUGGAGGGCACAAAGUUAAGAGACAGUUCACAUCUUCUAAAACUUAUUUCUUUAUGUGCAUAGAAAACUUUUAUGUAUAAAAAUAUCUAUGUUUUGACCUGAUUUCACAAACCUAUGCACAUAAAGGAUAAAACGUUUGAAAUUUUGUGUUUAUUAGAAAACAUCAAUCAGUAUAGUUGUAUUUGUUAUGUACAAAAAUAGAAUUUAUGUUAAACCUAGAUUGUUAUGUGAUUUAAUGAAUAUAAAUGUAAAUACAUUGUUUUUGAAACAUCUUGUAGAAUAGGGAUAGAGUUUAUUGUAUGGUUUAUAUGUUGGUUGUUACACAAAAUUUGAUUGAGGAUUAAA